AUGGCAGAAUAUAAGGGAGCCGGGUCGGAAGCAUCUCGGGCUGCAAUGCUUGAGAAUCAGCGCAAGAUGAUGAUGGCAGACUUCCAGAAUCAAAAAGAUCGGAUCGCCAAGGAAAAAACAGUUCACAUAGGCGCAGAUAAAUUUGUUGCCCAGAACGAUUGGGUGGAUAGCGAGCUGAAACGGCAAACUAUCGGGUUGGUUCAACUUGAAGACUUCCAGAGGAUUAGAGAGAGCUUGGAUCAAAAGCGACGAGAGGACAUUGAGAAGGAGCAAGCAGCUCUACUGAAGCAAAAACGCAAAAAGAAAAAGGAGAAGAUUAAACUGUCUUUUGAUAUAGACGGUGAGGAAGGUGAAGAUGAAGAAACGAACAAGGAAGAGACAGAUGAAAAACCAAAGAAGAAAAUAAAGAAAGAUCCUGCUGUCGAUACUAGCUUUCUGCCGGACAGAGAGCGGGAAGAGGAGGAGAGGAAAGAGAGGGAAAGGCUGAAAGAGGAAUGGCUCGAAAAGCAAGAACGGACCAAAAAGGAGAAAAUUCUGAUAACGUACAGUUAUUGGGAUGGCACAGGUCAUCGGAAACAGGUUGAAUGCAAGAAGGGUGAUACGAUUGGGCAGUUCCUAGAAAACUGUCGUCAGCAGUGGCAUGAGCUUCGGGGAGUCAAUGUUGACAACUUGAUGUACGUCAAGGAAGAUCUGAUCAUACCACAUCACUAUACAUUUUAUGACUUCAUAGUGAACAAAACCCGUGGAAAGUCUGGGCCGCUAUUCUCCUUUGACGUGCAUGAUGAUGUGCGGCUUGUGAACGAUGCGACCAUUGAGACUGAGGAGUCACAUGCGGGUAAAAUUCUCGAACGCGCCUGGUAUGAAAAGAAUAAGCACAUCUUUCCCGCCAGCCGGUGGGAAGUGUUUGACCCACAAAAAAGCUACGGGGCGUACACAAUCAAGGAUAAAAACAAAGAACGAGAGAAGGAGGGCCGAUAG